ACACACACACACACACAUAAACACAAACUCUCUACCCCCUUCAUCAAUCAAGAAUCAAAGUCCCUCCGGUGAGAUUGUUUGUUGGAGUAAAGCAGCACUUAUACCAUGAUUUUCCUCUUCUUUCUCACAGCUCUGGGGUUUUGGACUGAUGCAGUUCACGGAUACCGCAGUGCCCUGAAUGAUUUCCAGCGUUCAGAAGGCAGAGAGUUGGUGCUGAAGUCCUGGAACGCAGAACGACUGACGCUUCUUCCCGGUGUCACAUUAGAAGAUUGUGCUAAACGCUGCAAAGAAAGUCUUGAAUGCAGAGCAUUUAAUUAUGAGUUUCGUCCCUCUGUGGUGUGUAAACAUCUGCCAUGGGUCGGUGAUGCAGAUAAUGCAGAUGUGAAGAGAAAUGUGAACUGUGACCUCUAUGAGAUGAAAGUCUAUGUGAGGAAGUGUAUUGUUGGUAAAGGAGAAGACUAUCGAGGAAAAGUGUCAACAACUAAAGAUGGACGAACAUGUCAACAGUGGUGGUCGAAAUUUCCUCAUGACCACAGAUGGACUCCAGCCGCUAAUAACGGCCUAGAGCUGAACUACUGCCGUAAUCCGGACGGGGACCGAAUCGGACCUUGGUGUUACACGACUGACCCUGAACGCAGAUACGAAAGUUGUGACAUCCCCCAGUGUAAAGAUGAGGUUUGUUUCACCUGCAACGGAGAAGAUUACAGAGGUCAGGUGGAUCAUACAGUGAGCGGGAAAGAGUGUCAGAGAUGGGAUCAACAGUAUCCACAUCAACACAUCUAUCAACCAGAGAAAUACCCUGAUAAAAGUCUGGAUGAUAAUUAUUGCCGUAACCCCGAUGCCUCUCCGGUACCCUGGUGUUACACCACCGAUUCAACCACGGAGAGAGAAAGUUGUGACAUACGCAAGUGUGCCGAGUCUCCAAAGCGUCGUCUUCGCUCCGGCUAUACCACUAACUGCUUUCGUGGUCGUGGUGAAGAUUACAGAGGAAAGGUCAAUGAAACGACCUCCGGGAUCCCAUGCCAGCGCUGGGAUGCACAGAAACCCCACGAGCACCCUUUUUAUCCCAAAACCUAUGAGUGCAAGGGUCUAGAGGAGAACUACUGUCGUAACCCAGACGGCUCAGAAGCACCCUGGUGCUUCACGUCUCUUCCUGGCAUGAGAACGGCUCUGUGUCUGCAGAUCAAACGCUGUGCCGAUGAUAUCGAGGCAGAAGAUUGCUAUAACGAAAUUGGCAAAAAUUACAGAGGUGUCGUCCGCAAGACACGCAAAGGUAUUCUCUGCCAAAAAUGGAGCGUCAAUACACCUCACAAAACCAAAAUAAACCCCAAAACACACCCAGAAGCCAACCUGACGGAGAACUACUGCAGGAACCCUGAUGGAGACCACCAUGGACCCUGGUGCUACACCUCAGAUCCAAAGACGGAGUUUGACUACUGUGCCAUCAAGCAGUGUGCUGGAGAGAAAGUGCCAAUCAUUGGGCCAACAUCCGAGGUUGUGUUUAACGAAUGUGGAAAGCGAGAAGACCGCUUGAAGUCCAAGUUGAGAAUACUAGGUGGCAUGCCGGGAAACUCUCCGUGGACGGUCAGCCUCAGGGAUCGGAAGGGAAAUCACUUCUGUGGCGGUUCUCUGGUUAAUUCUCAAUGGGUCAUCAGCACUAAACAAUGCUUCUCUUCCUGUUACGUGGAUCUGACGGGAUACACCGCUAUGAUGGGCACGUUGUUUCGUGAUCCAGUGGAUGGAGAGCCGGAUAGACAAACAAUUCCUCUCACGAAGAUCGUCUGCGGCCCAUCUGAAUCCCACCUGGUCAUGCUGCAGCUAGAAAGUCCUGCACAGUUUAAUGACCGAGUGUCUCAAAUUUGUCUUCCGCCGGAACGCUACAUUGUUCCAGAGGGAACCAUCUGUGAAAUCGCUGGCUGGGGAGAGACUAAAGGAACGGGGGAUGAGACUGUAUUGAAUGUGGCUCAGAUGCCCGUAAUGAGCAAUAGCCAAUGCAACAAGUAUUUCAAGGGUCGCGUUCGAGAGAAUGAGAUGUGCACUAAUACGUUCCAGGCUGGGGCGGGUGCCUGUGAGAGAGACUACGGUGGGCCGCUGGCCUGCCAGAACAGCGAUUGUUGGGUCCUGGAGGGCGUGAUCAUACCGAUGCGCCGGUGCGGACAUCCUGGCCAACCGAACAUCUUCAUACGUGUGUCUGUUUAUGUGGACUGGAUUAAGAAGGUCAUGGAGAUGGCAUAGUCAUAAUGCACGUGACAGCAGCUCAUCUUUUCAAGCAAUUUCUUCUAUAGGCUAAUUUAUAAUAUAUAAAGUAUAUGCAAAAAUUAUACACGGCUAUGGUAGACUUUGACUGUUAUGUACUUAAAAGUGUGUUUUAUAAGAUUGUGUAACCAUUUUUGUAUCAUUUUAAAGAGUUUAAUUUACACAAUUUUGUAAAUGCAUGUGCCUUUGCAUAGCAUAUAGUAAUGCUUAACCCCUGACAAAAGUGUCUGAGCUAUUCAAAUUUUGAAUUUAUUGUGAAUAAAAUAUUCCAAAUACUAAA